AUGCAGGGCAGAGGCAGCUUGGCCCUCAGCACUGCAAGCUUUGGCAGCGAUAGCCGCCAACAGCUUACAGGCCUUGGAAGGGAGACAUGGAAUAUUCCUCCCAGUGGCGGCGUUUUGCAGGCACAGGUGCACCGCAAUCGCACUCUCCUCCUGGGGAACGUCGAUUCACCCCCUAGCUGCCCCACCAUCAAGGCACAGAACCCUUUCACUUCUAAAGAGUCAGGCCGGAUCUGGGCAAGGGUGGGUGUUGGGGUUUUCAAUUAUUACUGCCCGACCUUACAGGAUGAGAACUUUGAGGUGGAUGGACGCAGAUGCAGGGAGAGAACCAUGCUACUGCUGGAUUAUUAUAAAAAACAGGACUUUGCAAGUCUGCGCAGGUUUGGUACGGAACGCCUGUAUGCACAGAAAGAAGACCUGCUGCAAGAAGUUCUGGAACUGGAGGCAGAGAAGAAUCUUCUGGCGAGUGGGGAAAGUAAAUACCAAGAUGAUGAACUCAGGAAGAGAACGCUGGAGGAAUUAUCAUCGCCUGACCCUGACAAAUCCACUGUGCUAUCAGUAACAACAGCUCCCACCACUGUGGUAGCCAGUCCAGAACCUGAGGAGCAGGAGGAGGCUGAUCUCACAGCUCCCACAGCCAAACGGCCAUGUCAGUGCUGCUGCCAGACCUACUCAGAGAUCCUGAGCUUCCUAGAAAAGCGAUUUGAAGCAGAGCAGAGUCUGCGAGAGGAGGAGAUGGCACUGAGAAGAGAAGAGCUAGAAGUCCAGAGGAGUAAGAUUGCCCUGGAUCGGGAGCGUCUCGGAGCAGAAAGAAAAGAACGGGAACGUCGGUUUGAGCUGGAGAGUCAGGAAAGGCAGGUUAUACUGGAUUUGUUUAAAAGAGAAGGUCCUAAAAAAUGA